AUGGCUCCCACAAUAGUCUUUGUUACCGGCAAUGCCAAUAAGUUGAAAGAAGUGAAGAUGCUGCUCGCACCUUCGAGAGGACAAGAGCCAGUUUUUGAACUGACAAACACUGAUAUCGAUUUGGACGAGCUACAGGACAGCUCGUUGGAAAAUAUCGCUCGCCAUAAGGUGUCACAAGCGCAGGCAGAACUGCCAAAGGGAACGGCGGUUUUUGUGGAAGACACGGCGUUGUGUUUCGAUAGCUACAAUGGGCUUCCUGGUGCAUAUGUUAAAUGGUUCUUGAAAAGUGUGGGACCUGAAGGAUUGGUCCGCAUGCUUGCUGGGUUCGAGAACAAGAAGGCCGAAGCUGUAACCACCGUUGCUUUUGCAGACUUUGACGGCCACAUUCACGUUUUCCAGGGCAAGACCCGUGGUAAAAUCGUGGAUCCUCGUGGGUCGCGGGACUUUGGGUGGGAUUGCAUUUUUGAGCCCGAAGAAGGUUCAGGAAAGACGUAUGCGGAGAUGGAGAAGACGGGCAAGAACCAAAUAUCGCAAAGAUCGCGAGCUUUUGCCUUGUUGAGCAAGCAUUUGAACAAAACGGAGGAUGCUUGA